GCCAUUUCCUACCAACUCCCCAAACAUCCCCCACAGACUCAAAUAAAACAGUUAAAAAGACAUUAGCAUUUGGCAGACAGCACUAAAAGCACCAAAAACAGCCCUCAGUUCAUGGUUUCAAUCCACGCAUAGCAACUAUAAGGACGAUCAUCCAAUUCCAUUUGAAAAAACAGAAACAUAUGAGGCUAUACCAUGUUCUUGCUAUUCCUCAAUUUUGUUCUUCUCUCUCUCAACCUCUUUUCAGUUUCAUCAAUCUCACUGCCUCAACCUGCAAUUUCUCUCCUCAAAUUCCGCGACAGUCUGCCAAAACCUUCUCAGCUUCUCCUGCCAUGGAAUCAAUCCAUUUCACCUUCUCAGCAUUGCCAAUGGCCAGGAGUUUCUUGCCACUCCAACAACAAUUUCAAUAUCAAGUCCUUAAACCUCUCGAGUUUUGGCCUCUCAGGAAUCUUAAACUACUCCAUUUCCCAUCUCUGCCAUCUUCAGCGGUUGCUCUCCCUCGAUCUUAGUGCCAACAAUUUCACCAGUAGCAUCCCUUCGUUGCUUGGAAACUGCAGCAGACUCGAUACCGUUCUCCUCAACGACAAUGGCCUUCAGGAUCGAUCCCCUCUGAGCUUUUCCAUUCGAAGAGGCUCCUACAACUCGACUUGGGUUAUAAUCUGCUCUCUGGCACAAUUCCUCCUGAGGUAGGCCUCUGCACCAACCUUGAAUAUCUCGGGUUAUAUAACAAUUUCUUGAGUGGAGAGAUUCCAAGUGAACUCUUUUCACUGCCAAAUUUGAGGUUUCUGUAUUUGAACACAAAUAAUCUUACUGGACCUCUACCUCGUUUAUCAUCCUCGUGUUCAAUUUCUGAUUUAUGGAUUCAUGAAAACACAUUUUCUGGUUCUUUACCACUUAGUUUGGGUAAUUGUCACAACCUCACAGUGUUUUAUGCAUCUAAUAAUAAUCUGGGAGGAAUUCUUUCACCAAAAAUCUUCAAGAGUCUCUUGCAACUUGAAAUUCUUUAUCUUGAUGAAAACAAUAUUGAAGGGGAAGUUCCUGAGACUAUAUGGGGUCUUGAGAAGUUGCAAGAGCUUGUUCUAUCAGGAAACAAGCUCGACGGAACUAUAUCCGAAAAAAUUGCUCAUUGUCAUCAACUAGCUGUUAUUGCUUUGUCAGGCAAUAACUUGGAGGGUCAGAUUCCAAUGUCAAUUGGAAGUCUGCAAAACCUAAGUAGUCUGCUUCUCUUUGAUAACAUGCUUAAUGGCUCAUUACCUCCUGGGCUUGGGAAUUGCAGUUCCCUUAUUGAAAUCAGGCUUCAGCAUAACUUCAUUGGAGGAGCAAUUCCUCCGGAAAUUUGUGAGCUUCAGAGUCUUCAAUUUUUUUAUGUGUUUAACAAUCAUAUUGAAGGUCACAUCCCUCAACAGAUUGGGAAUAUGAGCAGCCUUGUUGAGCUAGCUCUAUACAACAAUAGCAUAAAUGGCAGAAUACCAACUGAAAUUACUCGUUUGACAAACUUGACAUUCCUUUCUUUUGCUCACAAUGAUUUGAUUGGGGAGGUGCCAUCCGAGCUUGGAAAGAAUAAUUCUCCUGGUUUUGUUAAACUGGAUUUAACUGGAAAUCACCUUUAUGGAUCGAUUCCUUCUGGCAUAUGCACUGGCAACAACCUUUUGGUCCUGACCCUUGGAUACAAUCGUUUUAAUGGGAGUUUUCCAAUUGAAAUUGGAAAAUGUAAGUCUCUUAAAAGGGUUGUUCUUAGUCAUAAUCUUCUGCAAGGGACUAUACCAAGUAAUUUGGAUGAGAGCAAUGAAAUUUCUUUCUUAAACAUUCGAGGAAACUUGUUCCAAGGAACAAUUCCGGCAUUUUUUGGUUCUUGGAGCAACCUCACAAUGAUUGAUUUCUCGGAAAAUAUUCUAUCAGGCUCUAUACCUACCGAGCUUGGAAGGCUUCAGAAUCUUCAGGUUUUAAGACUGUCUUCGAAUAGACUGACUGGCAGCAUUCCAUCAGAGUUGAGUCAUUGCACAAGAAUGACUAAACUCGACCUGAGCAAUAAUGAUCUUUCUGGUAGUAUUCCUUCAGAUAUCACAAAUUUUGUAGAAUUGGAAAGCCUCCUCCUUCAGGAUAACAAAAUAAGUGGAGUUGUUCCGGACUCCUUCUCUUCCAACCAAAAUAUCUUCGAAUUGCAGCUUGGAAAUAAUAUGCUGGAAGGUCCUAUUCCAUGCAGCCUGAGCAAACUUGACAAUUUCAACUCAGUUCUAAAUUUGAGCAAUAAUAGGCUGUCUGGUGAAAUUCCCAAAUGCCUUGGAAAAUUAGACAAAUUAGAGAUUCUAGAUCUCUCGAGCAAUAGUUUCUCAGGUGCGCUACCAUCAGAAUUGAACAAUAUGAUAACCCUUUCUCUGGUGAACAUAUCAUUUAAUCACCUCUCAGGCAAAAUCCCAGCUGCUUGGAUCAAAAUAUUAGGUUCACAUCCAGGGUCCUCACUUGGAAAUCAAGAACUCUGUUUGUUAGGCACUAAGGCUAGUCACUGUGGGGAAGCUCAAAAAUAUCAUCCAAAAGGCCAGAUUUUAGCCGGUGUAAUAAUUGGUGCGGUUUUGUCUGUGGCACUACUUUGUGUGACAAUCUACAUAUUAGUGGUUCGAGGCCUUAAACGUCGAUUUCUCACUCAGCAUUGUCUUCCUCAAGUGUGUCAAUCAAAAAUUGAAGAUUUACCUGAGGACUUGAAAUUCGAAGAUAUAAUGCUUGCAACUGAAGGCUGGAAUGACAAGUAUGUGAUUGGGAGAGGCAGGCAUGGUACAAUUUAUAGGACAGAAUCUGUGAAAUCCGGAAAACAAUGGGCUGUCAAGAAGGUGGAUUUGUCUGAGACAAACUUCAGUCUUGAGACGAGAACUUCGAAUUUGGUCAGGCACCGGAAUGUGUUGAAAAUGGUAGGAUAUUGCAUCAAAGAUGGAUAUGGCUUCAUUGUCACCGAGUACAUGCCAGGGGGGACUCUAUUUGAUGUACUACACCGGAACAAACCACGUAUGGUUUUGAAGUGGGAAUCUCGUUAUCACAUUGCUCUUGGUAUUGCACAAGGCCUUUCCUACCUUCACCAUGACUGUGUGCCACAGAUCAUUCAUAGAGAUGUUAAAUCAGAUAACAUUUUGAUGGAUGCUGAAUUGGAACCAAAGAUUGGGGAUUUUGGAAUGGCGAAAUUAGUUUGUGAUUCAAAUGAAAGCUCAACAAGGUCCACAAUUGUUGGCACACUAGGCUACAUUGCACCAGAAAAUGGAUACUCAAUCCAGUUGACAGAGAAAUGCGACGUGUACAGCUAUGGAGUUAUUUUGCUAGAGCUUCUUUGCCGGAGAUUGCCUAUAGACCCCAGCUUCGAUGGAGGCCUAGACAUUGUCUCCUGGAUUAGGAAAAAUUUGCAGGAAAGUGAUGAUUGUUCUUCAUUCCUUGAUGAAGAAAUCAGUUUCUGGGAUAUAGAUGACCAAAGGAAGGCACUGAAACUGCUAGAUUUGGCAAUUCAAUGUACUGAACAGAUGGUGGAUAUUAGACCAUCCAUGAGAGAUGUUGUAGAAUAUCUUGUGAAGUUGAAUGGUAAUCACAAAGGAAGUGUAUAUAACAGAGAAAAUUCAAGUUUAUAGCACUCAUUAAGAAGUGCUAAUAAUAGUUGUUCAUAUGGUAUUUUAUACAAAGAAUGCAAGAGCUCAUACAUCUGAUUUAUUUAUUUAUUUUUAUUUUUUUUAUUAUGAUGUCCAAAAUCAAUUAGGGCAUGCCAAAUUAAUGAUUGAUGAUAUACACUCAAACAAUACAAAUCGAUUAGCCCUAGACUGCAUAUGCAAUGACUCAUCAUCAAAAACUUUUUGGCCAUUUUUCCAUUACCAUUGUAUGUCAUUGGACUAACAGCCAUGGUAUCACAGAGA